UUGGCACAAAAUGAAUAUAAUUAGGGAAAAUAGAGAUCUUGCUUGUUUCUACACGACAAAACAUUCAUGGAGGGGAAAGUAUAAGAGGGUCUUUUCAGUUGGAACCCAUGCUGUCACCACAUACAAUCCCAACACACUAGAAGUUACAAAUCAGUGGCCUUAUGGAGAUAUCUGUAGUAUUUCUCCUGUCGGAAAAGGACAAGGAACGGAAUUUAGCCUCACUUUUCGGAAAGGGAGUGGAAAGAAGUCUGAAACUCUUAAGUUUUCCACAGAGCACAGAACAGAACUUCUUACAGAAGCGCUGAGAUUCAGGACAGACUUUUCAGAAGGAAAAAUCACAGGACGGAGGUACAACUGCUAUAAACAUCACUGGAGUGAUACAAGGAAAUCUGUGGUUCUGGAAGUGACCCCUGGAAGUAUUGACCAAAUUGAUCCUGCAACAAAUAAAGUCCUGUGCUCCUAUGACUACAGAAAUAUUGAAGGCUUUGUUGAUAUUGCUGGCUAUCAGGGAGGUUUCUGUAUCCUCUAUGGAGGAUUUAGUAGAUUGCACCUGUUUGCAUCUGAGCAAAGGGAAGAAAUUAUCAAGAGUGCUAUAGAGCAUGCUGGCAACUUCAUAGGCAUCUCCUUGCGGAUAAGAAAGGAAUCUCUAGAAUUUGAACAAUACUUGAAUCUUCGCUUUGGGAAGUACAGCAAUGAUGAAUCCAUAACAUCUUUAGCAGAGUUUGUUGUUCAAAAAAUAACACCUAGACAUUUGGAACCCGUGAAAAGAGUGCUAGCUCUUACAGAAACUUGUUUAGUUGAGAGGGAUCCAGCUACCUAUAACAUUGCAACUUUGAAACCUCUAGGAGAGGUAUUUGCAAUAGUAUGUGACUGUGAAAAUCCACAACUUUUUACCAUUGAAUUUAUCAAAGGACAAAUCCGGAAGUAUUCUUCAACUGAACGGGAUUCUCUCUUGGCCAGCUUGCUGGAUGGAGUGAGAGCUUCAGGUAAUAGAGAUGUCUGUGUGAAAAUGACCUCCACGCACAAAGGCCAGCGCUGGGGAUUACUCAGUAUGCCUGUAGAUGAAGAAGUAGAGAGCCUUCAUCUGAGGUUUUUGGCUGCUCCCCCAAAUGGCAACUUUGCAGAUGCUGUGUUCAGGUUCAAUGCUAACAUUUCCUAUAGUGGGGUACUGCAUGCAGUAACACAAGAUGGCCUAUUCUCUGAAAAUAAGGAGAAACUGAUUAAUAAUGCCAUAACAGCAUUACUCUCUCAAGAGGGAGAUGUUGCAGCAUCUAAUGCAGAACUGGAAAGUCAAUUCCAAGCAGUGAGAAGACUAGUGGCUUCAAAAGCAGGCUUCCUUGCCUUUACUCAGCUUCCAAAAUUUCGGGAACGUUUAGGAGUGAAGGUUGUAAAAGCUCUCAAGAGGAACAAUGAUGGAGUAACCCAUGCCUCUAUUGAUAUGCUGUGUGCUCUUAUGUGUCCCAUGCAUGAUGACUAUGACUUGAGACAGGAGCAGCUGAACAAAGCUUCUCUCCUUUCUUCAAAGAAGUUUUUAGAAAACUUGUUAGAAAAAUUCAAUUCCCAUGUGGAUCAUGGGACAGGUGCCCUAGUAAUUAGUUCACUUUUGGACUUCCUGACAUUUGCCCUGUGUGCUCCAUACAGUGAGACUACUGAAGGGCAGCAGUUUGACAUGCUGUUGGAAAUGGUGGCAUCUAAUGGGCGAACACUAUUUAAGUUAUUUCAGCAUCCUUCCAUGGCAAUUGUGAAAGGAGCAGGUUUGGUAAUGAAGGCAAUAAUAGAGGAAGGAGACAAAGAGAUUGCUACCAAAAUGCAAGAUCUUGCCCUCAGUGAAGGUGCCUUACCUCGUCAUUUGCACACUGCUAUGUUUACAAUAAGCACAGAUCAGAGGAUGCUUACAAAUAGGCAGUUAAGUAGACAUUUGGUUGGCCUCUGGACAGCUGAGAACAAAACUGCUAUGAACUUGUUGAAACGUAUUUUGCCACCAGGUUUGCUGGCCUACCUCGACAGUGCUGAUCCUGUCCCUGAGAAAGAUGCUGAUAGGAUGCAUGUUAGAGAUAACUUAAAAAUUGCAACUGAUCAGUAUGGCAAGUUUAAUAAAGUGCCAGAAUGGCAGAGAUUAGCUGGAAAAGCUGCAAAAGAAGUUGAAAAAUUUGCCAAAGAGAAGGUGGAUCUAGUCUUGAUGCACUGGAGGGACAGAAUGGGCAUAGCUCAAAAAGAGAACAUCAUUCAAAAGCCAGUAAUACUCAGGAAACGAAGACAAAGAAUAAAAAUAGAAGCAAACUGGGAUCUCUUCUAUUACAGAUUUCUUCAAGAUCAUGCUAGAUCAAACCUGAUUUGGAACUUCAAAACACGGGAAGAACUGAGAGAUACUCUUGAAUCUGAGAUGAGAGCAUUUAGUAUUGACAGAGAACUUGGUAGUGCUAGUGUCAUCUCAUGGAACCAUCAAGAGUUUGAGGUAAAAUAUGAGUGCCUUUCUGAAGAAAUAAAAAUAGGAGAUUAUUACCUAAGAUUGCUGCUUGAAGAAGAUGAAACUGAAGAAAGUGGAGCAAUCAAAAAAUCGUAUGAGUUCUUCAAUGAACUCUACCAUCGCUUCUUGCUUACCCCAAAAGUGAAUAUGAAGUGUUUAUGUCUGCAAGCACUGGCCAUCGUUUAUGGAAGAUGUCAUGAAGAAAUAGGCCCAUUUUCUGAUACCAAGUACAUCGUUGGAAUGUUAGAAAGGUGCACUGAUAGGCUUGAGCGGGACAGACUGAUACUGUUUCUCAACAAGCUCAUCCUUAAUAAGAAAAAUGUGAAAGACCUCAUGGAUUCAAAUGGUGUUAGGAUUCUUGUGGAUCUGCUUACUCUAGCACAUCUUCACACAAGUAGGGCUACAGUCCCAUUGCAGAGCAAUGUGAUUGAGGCAGCACCUGAUAUGAAGAGAGAGAGUGAGAAAGAAUGGUACUUCGGCAAUGCUGACAAAGAAAGGAGUGGUCCUUACAGCUUUCAAGAGAUGCAGGAGCUGUGGGACAGUGGAAAACUGACUUCCAAGACACGUUGUUGGGCUCAGGGCAUGGAUGGAUGGCGACCACUGCAGGUCAUCCCCCAGCUGAAGUGGUGCUUGUUGGCCAGUGGCCAGGCUGUGUUGAACGAGACGGAUCUUGCCACGCUUAUACUCAAUAUGCUCAUAACGAUGUGUGGAUACUUUCCCAGCAGGGAUCAAGACAAUGCUAUUAUAAGACCUCUGCCUAGAGUGAAAAGGCUGCUAUCGGAUAGUACUUGUCUUCCCCAUAUCAUUCAACUGCUGUUGACUUUUGAUCCUAUCCUUGUGGAGAAGGUUGCUAUACUGCUGUUUCAUGUCAUGCAAGAUAACCCCCAGUUACCUCGUUUCUAUCUGAGUGGAGUGUUCUUCUUUAUCAUGAUGUAUACGGGUUCCAAUGUGCUUCCUAUUGCAAGGUUUCUGAAAUAUACACACGCAAAACAAGCUUUCAAGUCUGAAGAGACAAAAGGUCAAGAUAUAGUUCAAAGAAGUAUACUUGGACAUAUUCUUCCUGAAGCAAUGGUGUGUUAUUUAGAGAACUAUGAGCCAGAAAAGUUUUCUGAGAUAUUCCUUGGAGAAUUUGACACUCCAGAAGCAAUUUGGAGCAAUGAAAUGAGGCGUCUUAUGAUAGAGAAGAUUGCUGCUCACCUUGCUGACUUCACCCCUCGCCUUCAAAGCAAUACAAGGGCACUCUACCAAUACUGUCCUAUUCCAGUUAUCAACUAUCCACAACUAGAAAAUGAACUGUUCUGUAAUAUAUAUUACCUCAAGCAUCUGUGUGAUACACUCCGAUUUCCAGACUGGCCAAUUAAAGAUCCUGUUAAACUCUUGAAAGAUACCCUAGAAGCUUGGAAGAAGGAGGUAGAAAAGAAGCCACCUGCCAUGUCAAUAGAUGAUGCUUACGAAGUCCUUAGCCUUCCCAAAGGACAAGGACAGCAUGAUGAAAGCAAGAUCAGGAAGGCUUAUUUCAGGUUGGCACAAAAAUAUCACCCAGACAAGAAUCCUGAAGGCCGGGAUAUGUUUGAAAAAGUGAAUAAAGCGUAUGAGUUUCUAUGCACAAAGUCUGCCAAAGUGGUUGAUGGGCCAGAUCCAGAAAAUAUCAUCUUGAUCUUGAAAACUCAGAGCAUCCUCUUCAACAGGCAUAAGGAAGAGUUGAAACCUUACAAGUAUGCAGGCUAUCCUAUGCUGAUAAAGACUAUUACCAUUGAAACAUCAGAUGACCUUUUGUUUUCCAAAGAAUCUCCUCUGUUGCCUGCUGCUACAGAACUUGCUUUCCACACUGUCAAUUGUUCAGCACUAAAUGCAGAAGAACUGAGAAGAGAAAAUGGAAUUGAGGUAGUGCAAGAAGCAUUUAAUCGCUGUGUGGCAGUCUUGACUCAUUCUAGUAAACCAGAUGAUAUGUCUGUACAGGUAUGUGGCUAUGUAAGUAAGUGUUACAGUGUGGCAGCGCAGUUUGAAGACUGCAGAGAGAAGAUUACAGAAAUGCCCAACAUCAUUAAGGAUCUCUGUAGAUUACUUUAUUAUGGCAAGAACAUACCCCGAGUAGCUUCCCUGGGAGUCGAAUGCGUUAGCUCCUUUGCCUUAGACUACUGGCUGCAGACGCACUUGUUCCAAGCUGGAGUUCUCUGGUACCUCCUGGGGUAUCUCUUCAAUUAUGACUACACACUGGAAGAAAGUGGCAUUCAGAAAAGUGAGGAUUCCAACCAUCAGGAGGUAGCAAAUAGCCUUGCUAAACUCAGUCUCCGAGCCUUGAGUCGUCUUGGAGGGUACCUCUCUGAAGAACAGGCUACCCCCGAAAAUCCAGCUAUCAGGAAAAGCUUGGCUGGAAUGUUGACACCCUAUAUUGCAAGGAAGCUUGCUGUGAUCAGUCCUACUGAGAUUUUGAAGAUGCUUAACAGUAACACAGAGAAUCCCUACUUGAUUUGGAACAAUAGGACGAGAGCUGAACUACUUGAAUUCUUGGAAUCUCAGCAAGAAAGCAUGAUGAAGAGAGGAGACUGUGACAAAAGCUAUGGAUCUGACUUUGUCUUUGGCGACCAUGCAAAAGAACUUAUUGUGGGAGAGAUCUUUGUUAGAGUCUACAAUGAGGUCCCUACCUUCCAACUAGAGCUUCCUAAAGCGUUUGCAGCAAGCCUCUUGGAUUAUAUUGGCUCGCAAGCUCAGUAUCUCCACACCUUAAUGGCAAUAACGCAGACUGGGAAAGUAGAGUCCCAUCAGCAUGGAGAUCGCCUACGAAGGGUUGAAAUGGCUCUGGAGGCCCUGAGAAAUGUCAUAAAGCACAAUCCAGUUACAAUACAGUUAACUCCUGUUCCUCAUCUCUUACAGGUAGUGAACAUAGUAACCAGUAACCAAGAAUGUGUUAACAACAUUGCUGAGGCAAUGGUUCUUUCCAACUUGCUGGCCCUCCUGCAUUCCCUGCCUUCAAGUCGGCAACUUGUUCUUGAAACUUUAUAUGCUUUAACAUCUAGCACAAAAAUAAUUAAAGAAGCCAUGGCAAAAGGUGCUUUAAUCUACUUAUUAGAUAUGUUUUGUAACUCAACUCAUCCCCAAGUCAGAGCCCAGACAGCAGAGCUUUUUGCCAAAAUGACUGCAGAUAAGCUGGUGGGUCCAAAGGUUAGAAUUACGCUAAUGAAAUUUCUGCCUGGAGUCUUCAUGGAUGCCAUGAGAGAUAACCCUGAAGCUGCUGUUCACAUCUUUGAGGGAACUCAUGAAAAUCCUGAGUUAAUUUGGAAUGAUAACUCCAGGGAGAGAGUAUCAACAACAGUUCGAGAAAUGAUGCUAGAGCACUUUAAACUUCAGAGGGACAACCCUGAUACUAGUUGGAAGCUGCCUGAAGACUUUGCUGUGGUAUAUGGUGAAGCAGAAGGUGAACUUUCAGUAGGGGGAGUCUUCUUAAGGAUUUUUAUUGCCCAGCCGGCCUGGGUUUUACGGAAACCAAGAGAAUUUCUCAUUGCACUGUUGGAAAAACUUACUGAACUACUGGAGAAAAAUAACCCCCAUGGGGAAACCUUAGAAACUAUAACCACAGCAACUGUGUGCCUAUUCAGCGCCCAGCCUCAGCUUGCUGACCAAGUCCCUCCACUUGGUCAUCUUCACAAGAUAAUCCAGGCCAUGAAUCACAAGAACAACGCCAUUCCGAAAAGUGCCAUUCGUGUCAUGCACAUACUGUCUGACAAUGAGCUUUGUGUUCGAGCAAUGGCAUCACUUGAGACCAUUGGCCCUCUCAUGAAUGGAAUGAAAAAGAGAUCCGAUAUAGUUGGUGUAGCCUGUGAAGCCCUUAAUCGGAUGUUUCAGAAGGAACAAAAUGACUUAGUAGCCCAAGCUCUGAAAGCAGAUUUGGUCCCUUAUCUUCUAAAACUGCUAGAAGGUAUUGGCCUUGAAAACUUGGAAAGCCCAUCUGCCACAAAAGCUCAAAUUGUGAAAGCUCUCAAGUCCAUGUCUCGCAGCCUACAGUACGGGGAGCAGGUAAACGAAAUUCUGUCUCGUUCCUCUGUGUGGAGUGCCUUCAAAGAUCAGAAACACGACCUGUUCAUUUCUGAGACACAAACAUCAGGAUACCUCACAGGCCCUGGAGUUGCUGGUUACCUCACUGCAGGGACGACAUCAUCCGUAAUGCUCAACGUACCACCCCCCGUAGACAACGAUGUGGGAGAUGUCAGCUAGGGAUUGGAAAUUCUCAUGGAAAGACACAGAAGCAGCCUGGCCAGUGAUGAGGAACAGCCUUUUCCUCUAAUGUUGAAGUGAACUUACUGCCUUUCCAAAUCUUUAAUGACAGUGUUAUUCCUUUUUCUAUGACUGUUUUUUUAGGAAAAGUCAGUGAUUCUAACUAUCACACUGUAACAUAAGAAAGCACUCUGUGGAUCAGUUGAAAUGGGUACACAAGAAUUUUUUUCUUGUUGUACGUAAGCACAUUUUGUUCCUUUAUAUUUGUUUACAAGACUGUGAAUCAAACUUUCCUAGUUUUUAUAUUUUAUGAAUUAGCAUGACUGGAGUUGAGCUACAGUCUCGAGGAAUUGGGCUAAAUCACUUUGACCUCACUGACCCCACUAAAAGGGCACUCCCUUCUCCCAGCCUGACACGAUCACUCUCCAUCGAAUGCGACUUGCAAAGGGUUUGUCCCUGUCCCCUUCACCGACCUUAAUCAUUAACAUGAUCCUCGUGAGAUCAAACUGCAUUAGACAGUCGUAUGUAUAACUGGCUUUACCAAAUUGAAAAAGCUUCAGCAAAAAACUUAAAGUUGACAUGUUAUGUAAGAAAUUAGUGUAAUUGUGAAAUGUUCUAUACAUUAUCCAGUAUAUAAAAACUUUCUAUAUAGAGUGUACAUUAUACAGAUCAUUCACAUGUACAUAAAAUUUUAAAAAUAAAGGGAAUUAAGAGCCUUGUUAAUGAGAAA